UUGGGCAUCACAUUAGCGGGAAGAUGGCGGCGGCGGCGGGAGCGGGAGUCGGGCUGCCCGGGGGCAGUGCCGGGGCCGGGGCCGGGCCUGUGCAGCAGGGACUGAAGGAAGCGCUGUUUGAGGCGCUCAGCUCCAUCCUGUCCCCAGUGCAGGAGGUGCGCGCCGCCGGCGAGGAACAGAUCAAAGUGCUGGAGGUGACGGAAGAAUUUGGCGUUCACUUGGCAGAGCUUACGGUUGAUCCGCAAGGCAUUCUGGCCAUCCGACAGUUAGCAUCUGUCAUUCUCAAACAGUAUGUGGAAACUCAUUGGUGUAACCAGUCUGAGAAAUUCCGCCCACCUGAGACCACUGAAAGGGCAAAAGCAGCCAUCAGAGAACUUCUACCAAAUGGUCUUCGAGAAUCCAUAAGUAAGGUGCGGUCAAGUGUAGCCUAUGCUGUAUCAGCAAUAGCUCACUGGGACUGGCCUGAGGCCUGGCCAGAGCUUUUCCGGCUGCUGAUGGAGAUGCUGAUCAGUGGUGAUGUCAAUGCAGUACAUGGAGCUAUGCGUGUACUCACAGAAUUCACCCGUGAGGUAACGGAUACCCAAAUGCCACUGGUAGCUCCUGUAAUAUUGCCAGAAAUGUAUAAGAUCUUUACAAUGGCUGAUGUGUAUAGCAUUCGAACCAGGGCACGUGCCGUGGAGAUCUUCACCACAUGUGCCAAUCUGAUCUGUGCCAUUGAAGAAAUUGAAAAGGGAGCAGCCAGGGCACUGAUCUUUCCUGUGGUACAGCAGUUCACAGAAGCCUUUGUGCAGGCUCUGCAAUUGCCAGAUGGCCCGACCUCUGACAGUGGGCUGAAGAUGGAGGUGUUGAAGGCAGUGACGGCGCUGGUGAAGAAUUUUCCCAAGCACAUGGUUUCAUCGAUGCAGCAGAUUCUGCCAAUAGUAUGGAAUACCCUCACUGAGAGUGCAACCAUCUACGUGAGGACAGAGGUGAACUACACAGAAGAAGUGGAUGACCCUGUGGACUCAGAUGGUGAGGUGCUGGGCUUUGAGAACCUGGUGUUCAAUAUUUUUGAGUUUGUGCACACACUGCUGGAGAACAGGAAGUUCAAGAACACUGUGAAGAAAGCGCUGCCCGAGCUAAUAUACUAUAUCAUCCUAUAUAUGCAGAUCACUGAAGAGCAGAUUAAGCUGUGGACAGCAAACCCACACCAGUUUGUGGAGGAUGAGGAUGAUGACACCUUCUCCUAUUCUGUACGGAUCUCGGCGCAGGAUCUCCUCAUGGCUGUUGGGAGUGAUUUCCACACUGACAGUGCCGCUGCCUUAGCCGCAGCUGCCACAAAGCACCUGCAGGAAGCAGAACAGGCCAAGAACAAUGGCAAUGCUCAUUGGUGGAAGGUUCAUGAAGCGUGUAUGCUGGCGCUGGGCUCUGUCAAGAGUGCAAUCACCGAGAAUGUGAAAGAUGGUCGGAUCCAGUUUGAUGUGCAUGGCUUCCUGACCAGCGUCGUUCUUGCCGACCUCAACCUGUCAGGCUUUUCUUCCCCAGUCUCUCCAUUCCUCCUGGGCCGUGCUCUCUGGGCUGCCAGUCGCUUUACUACUGUUAUGACACCAGAGUUGAUCCAACAGUUUCUACAAGCUACAGUUAGUGGCCUACAUGAAACUCAACCACCAUCUGUUCGAAUAUCUGCUGUCCGGGCAAUCUGGGGGUACUGCGACCAGUUGAAGAUCUCAGACUGCACACACAUUUUACAACCUUUCCUUCCCAGCAUCCUGGAAGGGUUGAUACAUCUCGCCACUCAAUUCAGUUCUGAGGUGCUCACUCUGGUCAUGGAGACACUUUGCGUGGUCUGCACUGUAGACCCUGCCUUCACCACCAGUGUUGAAAGUAAAGUCUGCCCCCUUACCAUCGCAAUCUUCCUCAAAUACAGCAACGAUCCAGUGGUGGCAACUCUUGCUCAAGAUAUCUUCAAGGAGCUUGCGCAGAUUGAGGCCUGUCAGGGUCCCAUGCAGAUGAGGUUAAUCCCAACUCUAAUCAGCAUCAUGCAUGCCCCUACCGAUAAAAUUCCAUCAGGACUCUGUGCGACUGCUAUUGAUAUACUGACAACUGUGGUGAGGAAUACAAAGUCCCCUCUGUCCGAUGUGCUGAUUUGUGAAGCAUUCCCAGUUUUGGCUCAGUGUACCCUGCACACAGAUGACAAUGCAACCAUGCAGAAUGGUGGUGAGUGUCUACGUGCUUAUGUUGCAGUAGCUUUGGAGCAGAUUGUACAAUGGCACGAUGAACAAGGUCACAAUGGACUGUGGUAUGUGAUGCAGGUCGUCAGCCAACUGCUGGAUCCACGCACGUCAGAGUUCACCGCAGCAUUUGUGGGGAGAUUAGUUUCCACGUUGAUUUCAAAAGCAGGCUCCCAGUUAGGAGACAACCUUGACCAGAUACUACGGGCAAUACUGAGCAAAAUGCAACAGGCAGAGACACUCAGUGUAAUGCAGUCUCUGAUCAUGGUGUUUGCACAUCUAGUUCACAACCAGCUGGAACCUCUGCUGGAGUUCUUGUGCAGCUUGCCUGGCCCCACUGGGAAACCUGCAUUGGAGUUUGUGAUGACUGAGUGGACAAGUCGGCAGCAUCUUUUUUAUGGACAGUAUGAAGGAAAAGUCAGUAUCAUAGCUAUGUGUAAACUGUUGCAACAUGGCAUUAAUACAGAUGACAAAAGGCUGCAAGAUAUACUGGUAAAGGGAGAAGAAGUAUUCAACCCUGAUGAGGGAAUACGUACACGUUCAAAGACGGCAAAAAAUCCAGAGCGGUGGACCAACAUUCCCUUGCUAGUGAAACUCUUCAAAUUGGUGAUUUCUGAACUCUCCACUGUGAUAGAAGCCAAUGUCACCCGACAGGCCACAGAAACUGAAUGGAAUCAAGAUGAGGUUAACGAUAUGUGGGAAGACCAGGAAGAGGAGGACGAGGAUGAUGACGAAGGUUUAGCUGGACAACUAUUGUCAGAUCUGCUCAGUCCAGGGGCAGGUGCCAGAUAUGAUGAUGACUAUUAUGAUGAGGAUGAUGAAGAUGACCCUGAUGCACUGAAGGAUCCUUUGUACCCAAUUGAUUUACAGGCGUAUCUAACAGAUUACCUCCGUCAAUUUGCACAGCAACCCUGCUACACAGCAUUUUCUGACCACCUCAAUGAGAAUGAGAAGAGAGUUCUACGCUCAAUUUGCAUUUAAUGUUACCACCUGAAACUGUGUUGCCUUUAUUUACUGUUUCAUUGGCCCACACUGGUCCUAUAUUCCCACCUUCUUCUGUGUCAGGUGCACAUGGCAAAGGAAAGUAAUCCAAUUUCAUCACAUCCUUGUUUUCAUCAUGACUCCAAACAUUUGAACUGCAGAGACCUAACUGAGAAUAAAUAGUUACAUUCAAGGAAGCACGUGGAGGCGUUUCUGGAGCUGUGCUGUUCAGGACUUGAAACCUGUAUCCAGUUAUGCAGAUUCUGUCACAAAGCAUUACCAUCAUAGCUUCGGGAUUUGAAGGGUAUAUUUAAUCGCACUAGCCCUCAUUAAACUGUCUAUUUUUGCUACAAGAUGGAAACAUUAGGUUGUUCUUAAUGCUCUUAAAAGGAAAAUGGAAUUCAGAUUGAAGCAUUGUGAAACCUUUUGUUUGCAGACAUUCAAAGUGUUUUGUAAAAUUGUCCUAGUAUUUGAUCUGAACUGUUUUAAAUGAGAGUAAUGGUGUGCAUACACCACUGAACCAGUUAUUGAUGGGAUUAAAUUGGAUUAUGCCCAGAUGUAUUUCUAUCUGAGUGUUGAAGAGAUAUUGGUUGCAUCCUGUUCAACUCUUUGGAAGUGAGUCCAGGAUAUGUGUUCGUUCUGUUCCCUUUUGGAGAGGAAACAAAAUACCAACCACUGAAAGAACUUCCUUUUGUAAUCUUACUAAACCAGGACUGCUCCAGAAUGGCAUUAGGAGUCAAGAAAAGCAGCCUGAUUAUUCUAUCACUGAUUGGAACCAAAUUUCUUGCACAUUUAUGAUAACAAUUCUACUGUGGUAAAACACAACGGCUAACAAAUGAUCAUAUAUUUGAAUCCUUGGGUUUCAGGCUAAAGCAUUCAACAAGUAUGGGUGUAUAAAUCUUGGGGUUAGGGAUUUUGAAUGUAUUAUAUUUCUGACCAGUAUUGGAAGUUAAUCUUCGGUGGCCAGAAUUAGAAAAUAGUGUAGCUUGAUGCUGUUAAGAAAUGUUAAAAGAUGCAUUCAUUCCAGUUUCACCCUUUAAAAGUAUAUAAAUUCCCCACUAUUAUACAGUUUCUCACUUACUUUCCAGCCCCAGUCCAUUGAUUGCCCACAGGUUCAGGGAGCUAACUUGUCUCCUUCGUCGACUAGUUUUGUUUUCAGCUCACAUACUUUGGGUCUGAAAUAGACAAGAUACCAACUACAUUAAUAAUCCCACUCCAAUAUCAGGGGCAGCUAUUAACAGAAUCACUUAAAAUUAUAAUUUUAAUAAAAAAUUGUAAAUAUUAAUUUUGUUCCAAUUUUUAACGUUUUUCUUCAAAUGACUGUCCUGGGAAAAAUCCUGCUGGGGCCUAGUGACUGAGGUAGCCAAGAAAAUGCAAAUGUGCUAUAUUUGAUUCCAUCUUAGAAAUAAUAAUAUGUGAAAUUAGUUUAGAUGUACUGUUAGUCCAGUUUUUGAUAACCAUGGCUCAAAACUGCCCAUAAUUUGAUAGUCAUGUCAAAAAUAAAAUAAAAAGCACAUGAGUGCAGCUGUAAAGUG